AGAACAGCCUCUCAACACAUAUGAUUCGUUUAACAUAUCCCAAAUAAACUUAUUUUGUAUGUCCGUUGAGUUUUACUAUUUAGAGCACAAAUUAAUAGGAGUUUGAGACAUGAUAUUAUACUCUAAUCUCAAAUGGGUGAAUCCCAAUUCCUAAUUCUCUUACCCAAAUCAUAAGAUUUAUUUAAUCUAAAAAAAAUAAUAACCGACAAUUUUAAUCAAGCUAAAUAUAUUAAAGUGCAACAACCAAAUGUUAACACAAACGUACGAUAGCCUUUGUCCUGAAUAUUAUGAUUUCUAAUAAAUGUCAGCUCCAUCGUAUGUUAUAUGCUCAUUUUGAUUCCCAAGAUAAUACUUGGAGUCAGUUUUGGUGGUCAGCUGCUGUUUUGGUCAUCACUUGCUUGGGAGCUUCGUAUUUUUUUGUUUUUGUCAUCACCUCUUUGUGUUCAGCUGCUUUUUGGAUUGCUGCCAUGGUUGGUGCGCUUGGAGGGUGGUUUUUUAUACAGCAGUUCUUGCUGGUUUUUGUUGGCUGUAUAUUUAUACUUUUGUGUUCUGUUAAUAAUAUUAUUUCACCCUUAUAAUUUUUUUUUUACUGAUAUGAUAAAAGUUUCGUACAAUAUUAUGUGUCAGACAUCUGAUUAUUCGAUUUCAACCACACCUGACUGACUUUGGUGCCUAAGGUGGACUCGGUGAAGUCUAUGAAGCAGAUUAGACCGAUUAGUCUAUGUCAACUUUUUUACAAGAUUAUUUCUAAAAUCAUGGCGGAGCGGAUGGCUGUUGUUUUGCCUUCCAUUAUCUCACCGGAGCAAAAUGGGUUUAUCCGUGGUCGUCAGAUUGUUGACAAUGUUCUGAUUGGGCAUGAGGUGAUGCACUAUCUUAAGAUCAAGAAGCGAGGGAAGAAGUCUUACCUGGCUCUAAAGGUUGACAUGGAAAAGGCCUAUGAUAGAGUAGAGUGGGACUUCUUGUUUGCAAUCAUGACUAAGAUGGGUUUUAGUCGGCGAUGGAUAGAAUGGGUACAGGAAUGCGUCUCGACGGCGUCUUUCUCUGUUAUGAUGAACGGAGUGCCUGCAGGGUAUUUCCGCUCGACGAGAGGGCUACGACAGGGGGAUCCGUUAUCUCCGCUAUUAUUUGCCAUUUGUUCUGAAGGAUUCGCGGCUCUGUUGAGACAGGCUAUCUCGGAGAAAAAGCUAGUGGGGGUUAAGGUGAACCCAAGAUGCCCUAGCAUUUCCCAUUUAUUUUUUGCAGAUGAUUCUUAUCUGUUCUUGAGAGCGUCUCGACAGGAGUGUGACGCAUUGGUGCAGUUGCUUCACAGGUAUCAGGAGCUGAGUGGGCAGAAAGUUAAUUUGAAUAAGUCGGCAGUAUGUUUUAGUGGGAAUGUAGACCCGGUAGAGGCAGAUGAGAUGGCGGGUGUGCUGGGUGUUGGGGCUGUAGGAGUUCAGGACAAGUACCUAGGCCUGCCCACUCUAGUGCAGCGGUCUAAGGUGGAGACAUUUCGGUAUUUGGAGGAGCGAUUAUUGGCUAAGCUUCAGGGUUGGAAGCAGAGAAAUUUGUCGUGGGCAGCAAAGGAGGUUCUGCUUAAAGCAGUGGCGGCUGCACUCCCAAUCUAUGUUAUGUCUUGUUUUCUCUUGCCAGUAACCUUAUGUAGAAAAUUGGACAAGCAUAUGGCUCGCUUUUGGUGGGGGUACUCGGUGGAUAAGGAAAAGGCGCAUUGGGUUUCCUGGCGGAACCUGUGUCGUAGCAAAUUCGAUGGUGGGCUUGGGUUUAGACGCUUCGAGGACUUCAACCAAGCUUUGUUGGCAAAAGUGGCUUGGCGGGUUUGGCAGGAACCGCAUACUCUACUGGCACAGGUCUUGAAGGGGAAGUACUUUGCGCACACUUCGAUACUACAAGCGAAGCGUGGUUCUAGACCGUCCUGGGGGUGGACUAGUGUGCUCCAUGGCAGAGAUUUAUUGCAGCAGGGGUUAGUUUGGCAGAUUGGUGAUGGGAAAGACGUGAGGGUGCUGGAAGAUCGUUGGAUCCCAGGGGUGAGGCGUGAGGAGGUUUGUAUACUCCCCUCCGCCCCGGUGUUGACAGAAGCCAGGGUAGAGUCGUUCUUGGUCCCUGGGUCGGGGAAAUGGUGUGUUGAGUGUCUCCAACAGUGUUUCCCUGAGUCAGUGAUGCAGCGGAUUUGCUCCAUUCCAUUGCCAGUUCGGCAGAUACCGGAUCGGUGUGUUUGGGCUUGGGAGUCAGAUGGGGAGUAUACAGUGAAGUCGGGGUACCACCUGGCUCUUCAGAUCAGUCGUGCAGCUCCGGGAUGGAAGGAGGAGGUUUCAUUCUUUGAUAUGGGAUUUUGGAAGAAAGUGUGGGGUUUUCCGCUGCCUCCUAAGUUGAAAUUCUUUGUAUGGCAACUUCUUAGGCGGGUGUUACCCACUGCGGAGGCUAUCUUUGAAAAGAGGGGACAAAAUCCGACUGAGGUCCGGGACCCCCCUGAAGAUGGUGAGACACUCUCUCCCAGAUGCCCGGUCUGCUGGGAACCGGUGGAGACCCUGGAGCAUUUAUUUUUGUCUUGUAGAGUUGCAGUGGACCUAUGGAAUCGCUCGGGUGUGACAGGUGUGGAUGGGAUGGCGGGGGUGUCUAACUUUGCUUUGUUCUUCCGUAGGAUGGUUGAACAGGAUGAUGGGACAGAGCGGAUUGUGCGUAUGGUGGCUCUGCUUUGGAGAAUUUGGAAGAGCCGGAAUUGGGUAGUCUUUGAGCAUAUACAGUACGAUUUAACAUGCUUAGUUCGUCAGUUUGAGAUGCAGGUGCGUGAAUGGAUGGCGUUUGUUCAGCCAGAGCAAGUACCGGUGCUUCAGCGGCGAAUUUCGUCUGGAGGACGGGGUCCGGUCCAGUUGCAUCUGGCGUUGCCGUUUUCGUGUUAUGUGGAUGGGGCAGUGGCGCCGGGAUCACAUGGUGCGGGGGGCUUGGUUGUCCGCGAUGGCAUGGGACGGGUGUGUAUGGUCAAGGGAUUUUAUUAUGCAGGUAUUGUGGAUCAUUUUCUCGUGGAGUUAGUGGCGUUUCGGGACGCUAUCCAGUGGUGCUUAGGGAAGGGGAUGGAUGCAGUUUGGUUUUAUGGAGAUGCCAAAGGUGUGAUUGAGAAGAUUCAGCGACGGGAUGCGCGGGAUAUGAAGGGGGGGCGCAUACUUGUGGAAAUUGAGGAGUUGCGGAGGCAGUAUUGGUCUUUUGGUGUCUCUUUUGUUGGCAGGAAUGACAAUCGGGUGGCUCAUGAUGUAGCCAGGAAGACCCUCUCUUUGUUAUCUGCUGUUGUUGCGAGUUUUGAUUUUGAUCAGUGGUUUCAUUUUGGAUUGUAAAACUUUGCUAUCUUUGAUUUGGUAAUACCAGUUAUCUAUUGCUAAAAAAAACAUAUCCUUGAUGACUCACAUGCCACGUGUGCUAACCAUUUUGUACUUUUCCCUUCAAUUCAACUACCAAACCCAUAUGUCUAUGCUAAUUUGUACAUUUCAUUCGCCAUUAGAUUAGGAUUAACGAAAUUGAGGUUGGUUAAUGGAAUCAAAAUAAGAAACAAAUAAUGAAUUUUCAACAUACAUAAGGCAGGUAAAUCAUUGAUGACAUGUUCAUUAAGCAUGAGUGAGUUUGAGGCCAUUAAUUAUGUCCUUAAUUAAAUUGAAAAUUGACCCCAAUACAUACAGCAUCAUGAAUUACUUUCACAGUUUUAAUGAAUACAUCUCAAAGCUGUUAUUCUGUUUAAAUGUUUUCUCCAAUCCCCAUCUGCUACAUAAGGCAAAAAAAUUAAGAUAAGAUAUUGGA